GAACGCAAAUUAAUUUGGCAAAGGAAUCUUUAAAAUAUUUGUCGACGCAAAAACGGAGCUCGAUAGAAGUUCAAAACUGGACUCACGCGCGUGUCCGCCAUUGCGCUCGCGAAAAUAAUCGUUAAUUUUCAAAUGUUUCAAUGAGCGCGUCGCUUUGCCCGCCACUUCGGUUUGCUGCUGGUGCUUGUGUACAAUCUCCAUAGCAUGUUAUAAUCAGUGAUUGAGAUUUCAGUGGCUGGUAAUUAGCACGGCUCGUGUCAACUAUUGUGUGUGCUCCUCUGUUUUAUACUGCUUAAAUAAUCGAGGGUCAAUGUAUGAUUCCUGCGCCGACACGCUAGCUUGGAAAUGUCAAAAUUUCUAACCUCCGUGGUGGUCGAAUAUUUACAUCCUUUGUUAUGUACAUGUGUGAUAGGGAAAUCGGAGUGCUUGAUUAAAAGACUGAAAUAGUGGAAGUGAUUAUUGUAUUUGUCCAUCAAUUAUAGUGAAAAUGAGUUCUGAAAAGCAGCCAAACAAUAAGGACUCCGAUGAUGAGAUGGAGGUUGAUGCUCCACAACAGGAAGCGGAGGACAGUGGGGACGAUGACAAUGGUUGGAGGGUAGCUGAUGAUAUAUACAUUCCACCUCCACCGCAGAUUUUUGGAGAAUAUGAUACAAAGGGACCAAGGUUAAUGAUUGUCAAAAUAAUGGCAACCAAUUUCAAAAGUUACGCUGGCACGAUUGAGAUUGGGCCAUUUCAUAAGUGCUUCUCAUCUAUUGUUGGACCAAAUGGAAAUGGCAAAAGUAAUGCAAUAGAUUCUAUGCUUUUUGUGUUCGGUUAUCGUGCCAAUAAGAUCAGAACAAAGAAAGUUGCUGAACUUAUUCAUAAUUCCAAUGAACACCCAAAUUGUUCCAGUUGCACAGUUGCAGUUCAUUUUCAACAAAUCAUAGAUAAGCCAGGGCAAGAUUAUGAUGUUGUGCCAAACAGUGAGUUUGUGAUUUCAAGAACAGCAUUUCGGGACAGUACUGCAUUUUAUGAGCUUAAUGGAAAGAAAGUACAGUUUAAGCAAAUUGCACAAUUGUUGCGAUCUCAUCAUGUGGAUCUGGAUCAUAACAGAUUCUUAAUUUUACAAGGAGAAGUAGAGCAAAUAGCUUUAAUGAAACCCAAAGGUCAAAAUGAAGGAGAUACUGGGAUGUUGGAAUUUCUCGAAGAUAUCAUUGGUACUAAACGAUAUAAGGAGCCAUUAGAAAAAUUAUUUCAAAGAGUAGAGAUGCUCUCUGAAGUGCGCGAAGAGAAAAUGCGUCGGCUGAAAGUUGUUGAAAAGGCCAAAUCAGAAUUAGAAGGACCUAUGCAAGAGGCUGUUCAGUAUUUAAAAGCAGAAAAUACUAUAGUUAAAUUACAGCAUAAAUAUUAUCAAUCCAAAAGACAUGAAACUUCAGAACAAUUGACUACAGAAGAAGAAGGUAAAAAAGAGUUGGACGAAGACUAUAAUAAGCUUAUGGAAGAAAUGAAAAAUGUGCAGAAGGAAAAAGAUGAAAAAACGAAAGAUUUUAAAGAGAAGUCAAAAAAGUGGGACAAGCUGCAACAACAAAAAGACACUUUAUCGGCUAAGUUUGACGAAAUAAGAAAAAAAGAUGAAGCACUAUUUGCCGAAUCGGUAGCCACGAAUAAAAGACGAAAAGACAACAUAAGCACUGUUAAAAAUGAAAAAGCUAAACUUGAAGAUUUGCAAAGACUACCGGCCAAAAAUGCAAAGGACAUCGAAGAAUGUGAGCGUCUUCAAGAGAAGUACUUGGCAGAACGAGAAAAAGAGGAAGCUGCUUUGGCAACGCUAAUGAGUGGACUAAAAGAAAAAACUGAACCCCUAAUGAAAAAACGUUCAAAACUCGAAAAAGAACUAGUAUCACAAAGAAAAGACGUGGACGAGGCCAAAUCGACGUAUGAUAUUGCCAAAUCGAAGUUAGACCUUUAUACAUCAGAGGAGCAGAGCGAGAAGAACAAAUUGGAGAGAUUACAGGAGUCAGUGAAAAUAACAAGCGAGAGGUUGGCCGAGUGCAAAACAAAACUAGUUAAAAUAGAGCCUAAGAUUCCGGCGACGGAGAAGAGUUUACAAGGAGCUCAGCACGAGUUGAACGAGCUCAAAACUCGCGAAAACGAAGCUAACAUGCGGCUGAGGAACACGCGGGUGAAGUUCGACGAGCAAAAGUCAGCGAUGAAUGAUGGCAGGUCCAGAAAUCAUAUACUCAAUUCGCUCAUGCGAGAGAAGCGAGAAGGUCGUCUGCCCGGUAUUUUUGGAAGAUUGGGUGACCUUGGCGCGAUUGAUGCCAAAUUCGACGUAGCUGUCUCAACGGCUUGCGGACCUCUAGACAACAUUGUUGUUGAUACUGUUGAUACGGCUACUAAGUGCAUUCAGUAUCUGCGUGACAAUAAUAUUGGUCGUGCUACCUUUAUCGCCUUGGAGAAACAGCAACGUUUCGCUCAACAGUGCCGUGAAAAAAUACGCACACCCGAGAACGUUCACAGGCUAUUUGACCUGAUCAAAGUCGAAGAUGAGCGAGUGCUACCUGCCUUCUAUUAUGCACUACAGAAUACUCUUGUAGCGAAUGAUAUAGAUCAGGCCAGUCGGAUUGCCUAUGGAGCUCAGCGUCAUCGAGUUGUCACGUUGAAGGGUGAGUUAAUCGAGACAUCGGGUACGAUGAGCGGUGGUGGACGUCAAGUAGCAAGAGGGCGCAUGGGUCAGAAAGUCGCUCGAAGCGAACCCACGGCUCAUGACAUAGAAAAACUCCAAAAAGAGUUAGACUUGGUGUUUGAAGAAUAUAAUCAAAUCAAAGCCAAACAGCCACCCUUAGAAAACCAAAUACAUACACUUAGCAUGGCUUUAAAAGAUAUGGUUAUGGAUAGGGACAAGUUGAAAGUAGAGAUCAAUCAGCUCAGCGUAGAAGAACCCAAUUUACGCAAGCAACUGAAGGAACAAGAGAAGAAGGCCCUCUCGUCUAUCUGCGAUCCAGCUAAGGUUCGACAGCUGACGAAAGUUGUUGAAGAAGCCGAUAAGAAGCUUAAAACUGCUGCGGAAGGUUCCAAGGAAACGGAGGACGAAGUUUCUAGGAUAAACCAGGAGAUAGAGGAGAUAUCCGGUGGCCGAGUCAAAGAACAGCAGAAGAAGAUCGCAACUCUGACGAAAAACAUUGACAAGACCAAGGGAGAAAUCUGCAGGCUGCAAGUAGCUAUCAAGACCGCCGAAAGAAACGCUAAAAAAAUAGAGCAACGAAUUGAAACUUUGGAGGAGGAAAUUAAGAAUUGCGAGCAAAGGAUUCGCGAUAUUCAAAAGGAGAAAUCAGAGUUCGAACAGGUUGGCAAAGAAAUAAUGGACGAGCUAAAGACGCUAAAUGAGGAGUUGGCGGAGAGAGACGAACUAGCUGGAACACUGAAAACGGAAUUGGAGAAGCUGCAGUCUCGGGAGGGCAAGAUGAAGGCUGUGAAAAUUGACCUAGACCAAAAACUAAGCGAAAAAAACAAAGUGCUAAAAGAACUGCAACAACGCGUACCAGAGUUAACAAGGUCAAUACAGAGCUUAAAACUUCAAGAGAUUCCCAACGAAGAAAAGGAAACGCUGACGGAGCUGACGAAAGAAGAGCUUGAUGAGUUGGACAGCAAGGCUAUUGCAGCUCAAGUGCACAAGGCCAAGGAGAAGCUCCCUAAGGAGAUACCAAAUAUGCAGAUAAUUGAACAAUACAAGGAGCAGAACGACUUAUACAUAAAAAGAUCCGAGAAACUGCAAAAGAUUACGGAAGAAAGGAACAAAAUGCGCGAGACGUAUAAUGUAGCGGUACGAAAACGGAUGCAAGAGUUCAACGACGGUUUUAAUCUUAUCACUGGCAAACUGAAGGAGAUGUAUCGAAUGAUUACCUUAGGUGGCGAUGCUGAGUUGGAACUCGUGGAUUCUUUGGAUCCGUUCAGCGAAGGUAUCGUAUUUAGUGUGCGACCGCCCAAAAAAUCUUGGAAAUAUAUACAGAAUCUGAGUGGUGGUGAAAAAACUCUCAGCUCAUUGGCCCUCGUAUUCGCCCUACAUCACUACAAGCCCACGCCGGUCUACUUUAUGGAUGAAAUCGACGCCGCUUUGGAUUUUAAAAAUGUAUCAAUUGUCGCGAGCUAUAUUAAAGAACGCACGAAAAAUGCCCAGUUCAUCGUCAUUUCGCAUAGAUCGGACAUGUUCGAACUUGCGGAUUACCUCGUUGGCAUUUACAAAAUAUUUAACUGCAGUAAAUGUGCAGUACUCGAUGUCAAAAAGUUCAAUUUGAAGGUCGGAAUAGCUGAGACCAACAACAAUCAAAACAAUCGUGAGACAAGACCGCAGUUCUUCUCGCAGCCAAACCCAGUUAUUCAAGCGCUUAAUGCCAAUACCGAUAAUCGAACGUCUGAGCUUGCUCCACCACGACCUCCAGUAAUUCCUGCUACUUGUCCGGAGAACAUUAAUAGGCCAGUCGAAAAUAAUGAUGCUAAUGAAAAUCAGGAGAACGAAAAUGAAGCUAAUUUAAGUUUGAGAUUAGGGGACGUGAGCUUACCAGCCACACCAGUGAAGACACCGGCACCUUCAAAAAAGAGAAAAGCGGAUAAAACACCGACGCCAACGCGACAAAAGUCUUCGCGGAAAAGCGUCGAAAAGGAAUUGCAGCAAGUUUCCGAGGCUCUCGAAAACAUACAGUCAAAGGUAACAAAAACACCGUUAGUAGCCGAAAGACCACUAAGGAGAACGCCAAGAAAUUUGAAAAAGGAGAAAACCUCUGAUGAACCAGCAAGUGAAGGAGCUUCGCUACGAAAACGUCGGCGACAAUGAAAUUAUGAAGCUACCGCGAACAAAUAUUUAGUUCUAAUGCAAUCAGACGCCAAUCUGAUAAGUGUAUAAAGCAAUAUUUUUCACAUAUUUUAUGCGAUACUAUAUCGACAAUAUGUACGAUAUUAGUAAAAUACGACGUUAGCAAAAUAUAUUGAUAAGGAUAGAAAAACGAUAUGUAAAUACAUUUUUAUUUUGUAAUACACCAGUGCUAUUUGUACAAUCGAGCCUCGAAAAACGGGCUUAAAAACAAUCAUAUUAUUUGUAAGAAAAAUAUUAAAUAAGACUUUAGACGUUUAAAAAAAUUAUAAAAUAUAUGAACUAUGUUAGAGAGGAUUCUAAUUUUUUCUCAAAAAUCGUUUGUAAAAAACGCAACGAAAGUAUGUAAUCAACAAUAUGUUAGUUAAUGUGAAAAAUGAAAUGGGCACUUGUAUUUUAAAUAUAAUAUGUGUACAAUAAAUUGUCUUUUACAA